CUUGUGUGUGUGUUUGUUUGUUUGUUUCAAAAGUUGGGCAGGGUAUUGGAGGUAACCGUAUGGCAUCUCCCCAGUGUAGUGACUGGGUACGAACAAGCAACGGAGGCCACUUCGCUUCACCAAACUUCCCCAAUCUCUACCCUCCCAACCAGGAGUGUGUCUACAUUUUGGAAGCUGCCCCUCGCCAAAGAAUAGAAUUGACCUUUGAUGAACCAUACUACAUAGAGCCGUCUUUUGAAUGCCGGUUUGAUCACCUGGAAGUUCGAGAUGGACCUUUCGGUUUCUCCCCGCUCAUUGAUCGUUACUGUGGUCUCAAAAGUCCUACCCUAAUUAGAUCAACAGGGAGAUUUAUGUGGAUAAAGUUCACUUCAGAUGAAGAACUAGAAGGACAGGGAUUUAAAGCAAAGUAUUCAUUUAUACCAGAUCCUGACUUCACAUACCUAGGAGAUUGCCAAUUUGAGCUCUCCGGAGCUGAUGGGAUAGUGCGUUCCAGUCAGGUAGAACAAGAAGAGAAAACAACGCCAGAGCAGGCGGUGGAUUGCAUAUGGACAAUUAAAGCUACACCGAAUGCCAAGAUCUAUCUGAGAUUUCUGGACUACCAGAUGGAACAUUCGAAUGAAUGCAAGAGAAACUUUGUGGCCGUGUAUGAUGGAAGCAGCUCUAUCGAGAAUUUGAAGGCAAAGUUUUGUAGCACUGUGGCCAACGAUGUGAUGCUGCAGACAGGUAUCGGAGUGGUGCGAAUGUGGGCAGAUGAAGGCAGUAGAUUAAGCAGGUUCAGAAUGCUCUUCACAUCAUUUGUGGAUCCCCCCUGCUCAGGCGGCACUUACUUUUGCCAUAGCAACAUGUGUAUCAACAAUUCUUUAGUGUGCAACGGUAUUCAGAACUGUGCCUAUCCCUGGGAUGAAAACCACUGCAAAGAGAAGAAGAAAACAGGACUGUUUGAGCAAAUCACCAAAACUCAUGGGACAAUCAUUGGGAUUACUUCAGGGAUCGUCUUGGUUCUUCUCAUCAUCUCAAUCCUGGUCCAGGUCAAGCAGCCUCGUAAGAAGGUCAUUGCUUGCAAAGCCACUUUCAACAAGACUGGCUUCCAGGAGGUUUUUGAUCCUCCUCAUUAUGAACUCUUCUCGCUGAGAGACAAAGAGAUUUCCGCCGACUUGGCUGACCUGUCCGAAGAACUUGAGAACUACCAGAAAAUGAGGCGCUCGUCGACGGCUUCCAGGUGCAUUCACGAUCACCACUGUGGGUCCCAAGCUGCUGCAGUAAAGCAAAGCAGGACCAACCUCAGUUCAAUGGAGCUCCCCUUUCGCAACGACUUUGCACAGCCUCAGCCCAUGAAGACCUUUAAUAGCACCUUCAAAAAAAGCAGCUACACCUUCAAACAGGCGCAUGAGUGUCCUGAGCAGGUGAUAGAGGACCGGGUGAUGGAGGAGAUCCCCUGCGAGAUCUACGUGCGCGGGCGAGAGGACACCGCUCAGGGCUCCUUAUCAAUGGACUUCUAAUCUCCUUUCACAGCCCAAAUGGGCACAUGUAAAUAAUGUGUGUACAAUUUGUGUGUAUACAGAAAUGUAACAUACGGAAUUUGUUGGAAACAUAAGUGUUCAUACUUUUUUAAAGCUCGCUUAAUUAUUUUUUCACCCUGAAGGAACGCUCUUUUUAGUUUCCCCUUGAACUGCCCUUCUGGUUGAAAAC